AUUCCACCCUCCGUUCUCCUACAGUUUUCAUACCCAUUUUCCCGAGAAAAUUGAACGACGGAAAAUCACGCUGCUCAUUUUCCCUCUUCCCAAACAGGAUCUCAUUGAGGGCUUCAUCAUCCCUUUCUCCUGCGCUUUUGGGCAUAAUCUGUUCCCCGGAAGGGAAAAUUCGCCGUCUUAUUCACCGGAGGAGGAGUUCAGGAGAUGGUGUCGCCUGAAAAUCCCAACUGGCUCUACGACUUGAUCGACGACGAGAGCUUCACCAUCCAAGGCCCAGGAUUUUCCUGGCCGGUGCAGCAGCCUAUUGGUUCUUCUUCAAUUGCCAGUGCUGGAGCUGAUGGCUCAGUCAGUAAUCUUGAAACCAGCAAAGAGCCUGGUUCCAAAAAGAGGGGUAGACCCGAAUUAAGCUGUGCCUCUAGCUCCAAAGCUUGUAGAGAGAAGCAGCGUCGUGACAGGCUGAACGACAAGUUUAUGGAAUUGGGUUCAAUUUUGGAGCCUGGAAGUCCUCUCAAGACUGAUAAAGCUGCUAUUUUGAUUGAUGCUGUCCGCAUGGUGACACAGCUCCGUGGUGAGGCCCAGAAGUUGAAGGAUUCCAAUUCAAGUCUCCAGGAGAAAAUUAAGGAGCUGAAGGCCGAGAAAAACGAGUUACGAGACGAGAAACAGAGGCUGAAGGCUGAAAAAGAAAAGCUGGAGCAGCAGAUGAAAGCCAUGAAUGCUCAAGCGAGCUUUUUCCCGGCUCCACCUCCAAUGCCGGCUGCUUUUGCUGCUGCCCAAGGCCAAGCUCCAGGCAACAAGUUGGUGCCGAUCAUCAGCUACCCAGGAGUUGCGAUGUGGCAGUUCAUGCCUCCUGCUGCAGUCGACACUUCACAGGAUCAUGUCCUCCGCCCACCGGUUGCUUAAUCGGACAAAAAAAAAAAUCGAGAAUCAUCAACUGGGUUUGCUUCUUGCUUCCUUGAAGCAAAGUCUUAUUUCUCUCUGUCCCUUUUGCUCGACUUUGUUAGCUUACUUGCUUGCUUGCUGCUCAUGUUUCCGUUUUUCCUGUCUUAACUGGACCCGUUGAACAAUGACGUAACAUUGUAAACUUCAAUUGCUUGGUGCCAUGUUAUCUA